AUGGACCAGCUAUGUACAUCUUGUUCUCAAAAACUAGGACCGCUAUCAAACGUAUUACCCCACGCAACAGCGAGCCAUUAUGCCACAAGGAAUUCCCCAGCCUCACUCGAAGCCUUUGAGCUACAGUCGUUUCUUCGGGAUCUUGAAACAGAAUACACAGCUUCUCAAGCCACGAGGACCCCACAAAACAUAGAUGAGUUCCAAUCGACCGGCGAGUGGCCAAACUUUCCCACUCCAGCAGAUGCUUGGUUCACGUCUGCGCAAUUCCCAACAAACAGCUUUAUCUCUGGUUAUGAUGGAUUUGACGAAAAGGAAUGUUGCCUGGAUGCCCCCCAGCGUCCUCGGAUUGGAUCCAUAGAUACUAGCGAGCCGUCACCGCUUGCCGCCAACAGGCCCGACAGAAGCACCAACAGCGAUUAUCGAUGUUACCGGCACGGAUGCGAGGGCCGACGGUUUUCUUCAUCGGAGAACUACAGGCGUCAUAUUCGAGAACGCAGCCAGUCGGAUAAAACAUCAUGCCCGUUUUGCGCUGCGGUCUUUACGCGCAAAAGCAACAAAGACACGCAUAUCCGCAAGGGAAGAUGCAAAGCCUUGAAUAGUUUAUCUUGCGGGCGCGGAAAUACAUGGGCAAACGAUGAAGGUUUGCCUGAGGGGUUCUACGACGGUGUCCAUGUAGAACAGUUUUGA